CACAAAGAUAGAAGAAAUUACCCGAAACUCAUUGCCUCUGAUUUCUUUAAAUAUGCAUUCUAAUCUCUCCACUACCAUUUCUGCAUUCUUCUCAAACCUCUUCUUCUCUACCAUUUCCUGCUUGCAGUCUUCCCAAUCUCAUCCCUGCCCUUCCUUACCCUGCACCCAUCAUUUAAAAAAUGGCAGAGCAGUUGUGUAAUCCAAGCCACCUGAAGCAUGAACUGGAGCUGAAGAAGUAUCUGAAACCUUACACUUGCGAUGGCUGCAAGGAAAUAGGCUUUGGGCCUCGAUACCGAUGCGAAAAGUGUGAUUUUGAUCUUCACAAAGCCUGUAUGUUUCCAAAAAACUCACCAAUUUCCCAUGAAUUCUUCCCACGUUCCACCUUCAAGUUCUUUAAAAUCCCACCAAGAGCCUGCCACGACAAAUGCAGACGGAUCUGCGACGCCUGCACAAAGCCUAUCAAUGGCUUUAUGUACCACUGCAAGAAACGUGACUUGGAUCUCCACCCUUGCUGUGAAAACCUCAAGAUGAAUUACCAAAUUGAAGACGUGGAGUUCAAUCUCCACAAGGAAGUCCAAGGUGAGUGCAUGUGGUGCAACAAAAAGACCAUCAGAAGCCACGGCCAACACAAUGGUUGGUCCUACAUAUCUGAGUGCAGGAAGUACCAUGUUCACGUGGCUUGUGCCACUGAAAUGGCUUUAGAAGAAUGGUACAAGAACGGAGGAGACUGGAUCAAUGUCGAUAAUGCCGAUCAGGACCCAAACUUGGCUCUGCAGAAGGUGAAUCUGAAAGCAAUUCAAGCUCGAGGGCGUGGGGAUGGCGGAAAAGGGAACAAGUUUUGGAGGAUCCUUAAGGUCUUCAUCAAGACCAUUGUUAGUAUCGUUCUUGGAGAUCCCACCACGGUUCUGGCGUCUCUCUUCAUCGAGCUGAUUGCAUGAAACUUGUUUAUUUAAACUUUUGUUUUGCCUUCUCUUUCUGCAUAGUGUAUUCUCUUUUUUCUUUUAUUCCAAAAGUAUAGUGUACACAAGUCUGUAACACUAAAACCAUGUUUCAGUUUUGAUUGUGUGC